UAUAUCAUCACUUCGAUUCCAAGAAAUCUUCACAUUCUUGUUUCUUUUUGAGAUUUUCAAGGUUAUGGAGAAACUUGUUCCUUGUCUUUCGAUUUGUGGGUUUGUUUUGUUGUUUACUUGUUUGUUUAUUGAGGAGAUCAACGGUCAAAAUUGGCUUAAUGGUCGCGCAACUUUUUAUGGUGUUAAUCAAGAUCCUAGCACCUUUGGUGGAGCUUGCGGUUACGAUAACCCUUAUCACGCCGGAUUUGGAGUAAACACAGCGGCAUUGAGUAGCGCACUGUUCAGAAAUGGAGAAGCUUGUGGAGCUUGCUACACAGUAAGAUGCAACCGCAAACUCGAUCGUAAGUGGUGCCUCCCACAUGGGGCCGUCACUGUGACGGCCACCAAUUUUUGCCCUCCGAACAACCACGGAGGGUGGUGUGAUGCACCACGACAACACUUUGACAUGUCCAUGCCCGCUUUCCUUCGCAUUGCUCGACAAGGCAAUGAAGGCAUUGUUCCUAUUCUCUACAAAAGGGUGUCAUGUAGGAGAAGAGGAGGAGUACGUUUCACAUUAAAAGGACAAGCAAAUUUUAACAUGGUGAUGAUAUCUAAUAUAGGAGGUAGUGGUGAUAUAAAGAGUGUAUGGAUCAGAGGGUCAAGAACAAAAAGCUGGCUUGCUAUGUAUAGAAACUGGGGUGUCAAUUGGCAAAGUCGUAUUGACCUUCGAUCACAAACGCUGUCGUUUAGACUCACUUUAGUUGAUGGCAAGACUAUGGAGUUCCUCAGCGUUGUACCUUCUUCAUGGAAAUUUGGACAGACUUUUGCCUCACGCAGACAGUUCUAUUAAUAUAAAUACCAAUUCUUGAAGUCUAGAUAUAUAUAUUUAACCUACAUUAUGUUCAUGACCUGAGCUUUUUUAGAUGGUUCAUGGACAUGCUUUGUAAGUUAUUAUGAAAGUUGUAUCAUUUUUCUUUUUUUUUUUCCUUUUUUUUUGGCAUGACAAUUUCAUUGUUGUUGGAAGUCAAGAAUAAUGUGCAUGGUUUUAACGAAUUAAUGCCUCAUGUAUUGUCGGCCUCGAGAAUUUGAGAGCGUGACAAGCUGCUUAUAUUUUACUAAUUCCAUUCAUUAAUGUACUCUUAAAUCUCAUGAAUGAGGAAGAAGAGGAAGUGAUGGU